AUGUGCUCCCUCAGCCUCUGUGGCACGUUCUGCAGCCUGACGUCGAUCUUUGGCGUGCUGUUCCUGGCGAUGCUGGGGUACCUGAUCGACACAGAUUACAAACAUGUGGGUGAAUGGUAUGAGCCAACCAAUUUGACCAUUCCCACUAAGGAGCAAAAAGACAAUGCCUCGUCUGCCUUAUACGCCACGGCAGCUGUUUACUUUUUUUGCUUUCUGCUCUCGGCCGGUUGUAUCUGCGUGGGAGGCAGAAAGAAGCGUGAGUAUGCAUGA